AAAUGCAUUGUUUUUAUGGGAAGAGUAGAACAUGUGCUGAUGCGAAAGCCACAAGGAAAGAUGUUGCUAAAUCAGUGGCAUCUUGUGAUGGUAUUUGUAUUACUGCAUGGAGUGAAGGGAACAAAGGUAAAGCUCAACAACAGUGGGUUUGAAGACCUAGUUAUUGCAAUUAACCCUGGAGUACCUGAAGAUAACAAAAUCAUUGACAACAUAAAGGCUAUGGUUGAAGAGGCUUCUCCUUAUCUCUUCGAUGCUACAAAACAAAGGUUUUAUUUCAAGACUGUAAAAGUUCUAAUUCCUUUGACAUGGACAGCCAAGCCCGAAUACCAAAGAGCAGCCAAAGAAUCUUAUGAAAAAGCUGAUGUCCUUGUGGCAGAUCCUUUCCUGAAAUAUGGCGAUGAACCCUAUACCUUGCAGUACGGAGGGUGUGGGGAACCGGGACGGUACAUCCAUUUCACACCUAACUUCCUAAGAAAUGACAGUUUGCUCCGUGCUUAUGGAUCACGAGGCAGAGUCUUUGUCCAUGAAUGGGCUCAUCUCAGAUGGGGUGUCUUUGAUGAAUACAACAAUGACGUUCCCUUCUAUCCUGCUGGCAAAAAUGAGGCUGAAGCAACAAGAUGCUCAUCUGAUUUCACUGGCAAAUAUAUUGUUCGAAAUGACAAAGGACAAAUCAGAAAAUGCAACAUUGAACCCCAUACUCAGCUUUAUGAGGCUGGAUGUGAAUUUAUUCCAGACCUAGAGCAAACUACUCCAGCAUCGAUAAUGUACAUGCAAAGUCUCCAUUCAGUUACUCAGUUCUGUGACAAGAGUAACCAUAACAUAAGAGCACCAAAUAUGCAGAACAAAAUGUGCAACUACAGAAGCACCUGGGAAGUCAUUAUGGACUCCCCAGAUUUUGCCAGUUCUUCUCCAAGAAGUGCUCCUCCACCUCAGCCGACUAUCUCCUUGUUGCAAGCACAGGAAAGAGUUUUGUGUUUAGUACUUGAUGUUUCUGGAAGUAUGAAUGGGUUUAAUCGCAUUGAUCGAUUGAGGCAAGCUGCAGAACUGUUCAUCCUACAGAUUAUUGAAACAGGUUCCUGGGUUGGAAUUGUCACAUUCAAUAAUCGAGCGUCAACUGAGGCUGGUUUGCAACAUAUUACUGGUGAUAGUGUCCGCCAGACUCUCAUAUCUUUUCUUCCAGCUACAGCAAAUGGGGGAACUAACAUAUGUUCAGGAGUCCGUGCAGGAUUUCAGGUGUUUUUACAAAAAUAUUCAAGCACAGAAGGCUGUGAAAUUCUGCUUUUGACAGAUGGAGAAGAUUCAGGAGUAAGUUCUUGUUUUGCUGAAGUUCAAAGUAGUGGAUCUAUAAUCCACACCAUUGCUUUGGGGCCGGAUGCUGCAAAAGAACUAGAAAUGUUGGCAAAGAGCACAGGGGGUUUGACAUUUUCUGCCACUGAUAGUUUGGACUCCAAUAGCCUCAUAGACGCUUUCAGUGGAAUUUCAUCAGGAAGUGGAAAUAUCAAUCAACAAUCUAUUCAGCUUGAAAGUAAAGGACAAAACCUCAGUCCCAGCCGGUGGAUGUAUGGAACAGUAUCCAUUGAUAAAACUGUGGGAAAUGACACUUUCUUCGUAGUUACAUGGAGUUUGAGCCUAAAUGUGCCAAGAAUAAUUCUGACGGAUCCUGAAGGGAAAACGUACAGUGAGACAGACUUUGUAGUUGAUAACACCAACAUCCGAACAGCUCGACUCAAGAUUCCUGGAACUGCAAAGGCAGGAGACUGGGUUUACAAAAUUCUGAAUACACACACAGAAGCUCAAGGGCUGUCAAUAACAGUCACCACCAGAGCAGCAUCUGUGACUAUGCCUCCAGUGACUGUGAAGUCCUAUGUGAACCGAGAAACCAACAGCUAUCCUAGUCCCAUGGUCAUUUACGCAGAAGUCACCCAAGGGUUUUUGCCUGUUGUUGGUGCAAAUGUCACAGCCAUCAUUGAAUCGGCAUCUGGGAAAUCUGUAGAGCUAGAGCUCUUUGAUGAUGGUUCAGGUCCUGAUACUUUGAAACAUGAUGGAAUCUACUCAAGAUAUUUCACAUCUUUCAAGGAAAAUGGCAGGCACAACAUAAAACUGCGUGUCCAAGGAAAAGACAACGCUGUCAGACGAGUCAACAGGAAGAGUCACGCUCUCUAUGUAUCAGGUUAUGUAGAAAAUGGCGAGAUAAAACUGAAUCCAGUAAGGCAUCGCCCUAAUGAGGAUAAAAUCCAAGCAAAUGUGGGAAAUUUCAGCAGAGCAGCAUCAGGAGGUUCUUUUGUAAUGAAUGGGUUGCCUCCUGGAAAUCCACCGGAUGUCUUCCCACCCUGUAAAAUCACAGACCUUGAGGUAGAGCACCAUGAGGAUGAUGAAUUACUUUUGUCCUGGACAGCUCCUGGGAAUGAUUAUGAUAUCGGGAAAGCUGAAGGAUAUGAAAUAAAAAUGAGUGAAAACCCCUUGGAACUAAGAGAUGCUACAUUUCCUAAUGCCACUUCCUUGAACAUAUCUGGUCUCAUACCUGAAGAUGCUGGGGUCAAACAGUCCUUUCAGUAUAAGCCAGAAAACCUCCAAAAAGAAAACACCACCUCCAUCUACUUUGCCAUUCGUGCCAUUGAUGACAGCAACAAUGUUGGGGAAACAUCUAAUAUAGCAGCAGUGGUUUUGCUUCCAGAGAACACUGCCUCCCAUAGUUCCUCUGAGAAACAGACUCUUCCUUCCAUUGUCAUGACCACCUUACUACUGUUGUUGAUAAUGAAAAUAAUAAUAGUGGUUCCAUAAUGAGGACUUGAGUUACAUGUUGCUGUAAUUAUUGGUUCUUCUUGAAGCACAACACAUUAUGUUUUAGCCAACUGAAAAAGUGGAUGUCAAAAGACUGGACUGUAAUAACAGUAAUCACAAUGAACAUUAUGGUAUUCUAAGUGUAUCGGUGAGUGAGCAUUGAUACUAGGUGUGCCAGGACCAAGGUCAUCUGUUUAAAGCUGGAUCUAUGCUAAUCACAUAUAAACUGAAUAGGAGGCUCCCAGUUUUGUUGCAAAAUGGAUGUGUGGUUAUGCUUCCCUCAUUUGUGGUUCAACUGCUCAUACUGUGUUCUUCCCGGCACACUUUUGCUUCACCUAAUUUAUAUCCUGAGUGAACAUGUAUGGGGAAGCCUAAAGGAAAGACUAUAGGUUGUAAAAAAACAAAGCUCAUGAAUGGGGUAGUCAUAGACUGAAAAAAGUAAGGCUGACACUGUCAUAUCCAGUUUGGCUUUUAUAUUAAAUCUCAGGAAGAUUUUCAAUACAUCCGCCAGAGAGUGCCUCCUUGGGAAAUUAUGGUUAUUAUACUUCAACAUAUGGGCAGUAUUUCUGUAUGGUCUGGGAUUAAUCUUCCUGCCAGGUAUUUGAUACUUUGCAGUUUGAAUGAGUGAGAGCCAGUGAGGUGUAGUGGUUUGAGUAUUGGAUUGUGACUCUGGAGGCCAGGGUUCAAAUCCCUGCCCAAGCAUAAAAACCCACUGGGUGACUUUGAGCAAGUCAUUUCAUCCUCAGUGAACAGCAAUGACAAACCUUCUCUGAAGAAACCUGCCAAGAAAACCCUAUGGUAGGUUCACCUUAGGGUUACCAUAAGUCAAAAAUGACUUGGAGGCACACAACAAGAACGUGUUAUCCAUGUGGGGGGAUAAAGGGGGAGAUGGCAGAUUGGAGAAAGUUUUUGUCUGCUCUGAUAAUAAAUAAUAAUAAUAAAUGCUUUAUUUAUAUACCGCCCUUCUUCCAAUCAGGGCGGUGUACAACACAAUAUCAAACACAAUAUACAAAGGCAAUAAAAACUCAUUAAAAUAUACAUUAAAAUCACCUACUAGCCAGCACAUCAUUGGCCAUCGGGAGGGGGGGGGACUAACUAGAACUUGUAUCUAGUAUGAUGUAUUGCUACUCUCUGUUUUCAUUUUCCUCCCUGGUAUUUAAAGUCCAGCACCAUUGUAGAAUAUAAAAAUCAGUGGGCUUUUUAUCAAAAAUCAGUGUGGCAUACUGUGCAUUUAUUGUUUUAAUUUUGUUUUGAGUGUAGUUUAGAUUGUUUUAACAAUGUGCUUUUAAUGGAAAUGUUUGUUUAAUUGUUGUUGUUUGUUUAAUUGUUGUUGUUUGUUUAAAUGUUUGUUUAAUUGUUGUUGUUUUUACUUUUGUAUAGUAAGAUUUUAGCAGAAAUUUGUUUUAGAUGGUUAUAAGCCAGCUUGGGUUCUGUGCUGGGACAAAGGUGAGCUAUAAAUAAAAUAAAAUGAAACAAAAUGAAAUGAAAUGAAAUAAACCCAAAAGAUGGAGAAA